AUGGCUGCCCGGGGGCUGCUGCUCCUGCUGCUUCUCCAGGGGACCCAGGCGGCGCCCCCGCAGACAUUGAUUAUCUCACCUCAGUCCUGUAAGGUGCUAGAGAACUGGCUCUAUGAUGAAACUUCACAACGCUGCUGCUACCAGUGUCCCUCAGGCUACCAUAAACGGAAAGAGUGUCCCACAGUUCCAGACCGGGACUGCGGGCAGUGUGAGCCCGAGCACUUCCUGAACAGGGAGCAAGGGAAGCCACGCUGCGAGGCCUGCGUGUCGUGCAAGCCAGAAUACGACCUUGUGGAGAAAGUCCCUUGCUCCUUCAAUUCCAGAAGGGUGUGUGAGUGCCGAGCAGGGCUGUUUUGUAAGGUUGCCGUUCUGAACAGCUGUGCGCGAUGCAUUUCCCACACUGUCUGCAAGCCAGGAUUUGGAGUCCUAGUCAGAGGCACCUCAGAAGUUGAUGUCUCCUGCCAAGAAUGCCCUUCGGGGACCUUCUCUGAGCGGCAUUCCAGCACCGAACUCUGCAAGCCCCACACGGACUGUGCCAAGCUAAACAAAGUAGCCGUGGACAGCGGAAAUUCCACACACGACCAAGUCUGCAUAGACCCACCUCCCACCCACCUCACACCCGCCACUUUGUCUGCGAAAUUCAGCAACGAGCCGAAGGAUUCCGGCAGGGCAAAAGCGCCGCUCCUGAACGAGCAGCCAACAACCGUGGGAGGCCAGCAUUCCCACACUGCCACAAAGCCAGUGACCAGCGCAAGCAUCCUCACGAGUGACGCAGCCUCUGGCGAUGCCAACUGGACCGCUGCGGGAACCGUCGGUGGAUCGGAUACAAAACACGCAGCUGGCACUUCUCCUACCUCAGAUAUAGCUACAAAAAAGACUGCCAAGACAGGUGAUGGGAGCUUUGUUCCCUGGGGUGCGGUGGUUCUUUGCAGCAUGGUGCUUCUCGCUGGUAUGCUGGCGGUUUGGCAAAGGAAGGCUUGCAAGAGGCGCAUCUUCACCCCCAAUGGGAAGACUCUUGAUCUGUAUCCAGUCACUACAUGUAGACUCAAAUCUUCAAGUCAGGGUUCUGAUCUGAUGAAGAACUGUGCAAAGAGGUUCAGUAUGCUGAAAGCUGACAAAGAGUCAGAAGAGAGGGAGUUGUUAAACAGAAUCCCCGUUGUGGAAACCAACAACAACUUGGUCUCCAGCUCAGAAAAAAAUCCCAGUCCUGACUCAAGCCUGGCUGAGACGAUCCAGAGCACGGGGAAUGCCACAGACUACCCUGCUGAUUCCCGAGUGAGGGACCACACUAAUAACCGAAUCGACAAAAUAUACAUAAUGAAAGCCGACACUGUGAUUGUGGGGUCCAUUUCGGAAGUGCCCGUCAGCAAGAACUGCGCGGUUAGAGGAUGUGAAAAUGAUGCUAAGGCUCAAGAAAACAUGGAGGAAAACGAACUUGCAAUGCAUUAUCCGCAGCAGGAGACAGAAUCGUUUCCAGGAAGUGAUGUAAUGAUUCCGGUGGAGGAGGAGGGCAAGGAAUUUCAUCACCCUACCACUGCCACUGAGAAGUGA